AUGGAAUGGAAGAAGUAUUAUCUAGAUGCAAUUCUGGGGCCCUUAGGGUUUGUAAUUACAAUUACUUAUUAUGUUUGGUUAUGGCAUAAGGUUCGAACACAGCCUCUCACCACAACCUUAGGAAUCAACUCUCAUAUCCGACGCUCCUGGGUUUCUUUUAUCCUGAAGGAUUUAGAAAAGAAGAACGUUGCGGCAGCUCAGUCGCUUCGGAAUCAAUUAAUCGGAUGCACUCUUAUGGCCACAACCUCCAUCCUCUUAGCUGCAGGGCUAGCGGCAGUGAUAAGCAGCACUUACAGCGCAAAGAAGGCCCUAAACGACGGCGUCUUUGGAGCCGAGUACAACGAAUUCGUGGUGUCUCUCAAGUACGUAACCAUUCUCACCAUCUUCAUCUUCUCCUUCUUCUGUCACUCUCUCUCCAUCAGGCUGCUCAACCAAGUGGGCAUCCUCAUAUGCGCUCCGCGAGACGACGUCGUUGUGGCCUCCAUAUUGACUCCAAACUACUUGACCGACCUCUUGGAGAAGGGCACGAUGCUGACCACAGUGGGCAAUAGGCUUUUUUAUUCGGCUCUGCCUCUUUUGCUUUGGAUCUUCGGACCUCUCCUCGUCCUCCUCUGCAACAUUGCUAUUUUGCCUGUGCUUUACAACUUUGACUUUGUUGGCGGUAACAAUAAUGACAGGAAAGUGACGAAGGUGGAGACGAGCAGUGACAGAGGAGAUGAUGAGUUAAUUGUGUGA